CAUAAUAACACUUGUGCCCAACGCUAAAAGCCCACCUCUCCCCUCUCUCUCUCUCUCUCUCUCUGCUGCUGCAUCGCCCCGCAGCAGCGAGGACGGCGACGGCGGAUUCAGGCGGAAGUGGUGCUACUUCGUCGCCGGCGCUGGCAAGAGGAAAGGAUUCAGAGUAAAGGAUAGAUUGAUGGAUUGGUGGGACAAAGUGAUCUUCCCCGUCCGCCGCGUUUGGGUCGCCGUUUCUGCUCGCGUCAAGUCCCGCAAACACGGUAAUUAUACUAUUUCUCUACUUCUUCCCUCCCCUGUUCUUGCAGUUUUGACCCAUCGCCCGCCGAUUUUGCUUCUUGUUGUCGGCUUCUUUCUUUCCUUUCGUUUUAAUUCCGACAAAUUCCUUUCUUCGGGAAAGCGUUUAUAAAGCCAAAACUAGAGAAAAUCAAGCAAAUCGGAGAAUCGAUUGCCCCGAUUUCGAAGUUGCAACGGCAAGCCAUUUUUUUUAUUAAUUAUUUUGCCGACGAGAGAAUUGUUUAGCUGGUAAUUUAAAUAUAUAAUAAUAAAUUCCUCCAAAAAUACUAAUUCGACUGUGUAAACUCCUUCCAAUUUUAAUUUUUCCAUUCUGCAUAAAGAAAAUUGUACGAAAUAUCCCUUUGGUAUACAUCUACACGCCGAAAGUUGGCCACUUUCUUUCUGAAUUUCAAACAAUUUGUAAGAUUUUGAUUACCCAUGAUCUUAUUUGUUUACCCCUUCCUUUAAUCAUUAGUUAUAAUAAAUAAUAAAAAAACUUGAUUUGGCCAUGUGAGUUCAUCAGCAAGUGGUAAAUAAAAGUAAAAAAGAGGAAGCAAUCAUAAUUAUAUGUUGUUUAUUUCCCCUUGAGGAGCAUUCUUGAUCGAUGGCUGUUGUGGUUGGAGAUCCUCCUUACCGUUUAACGAUCUUUAAUUCCACUUCUGGUAAAUAGAAUCAUAAAUUUCAGUGGACCGUCUCCGUCCAAGCCAAAAGCAUACCGACGCGGAGCCAUAAAUAAUAUCAUACAUAUAUAAUAAUAACGCAUUUGUCGUCUACGAAUGCGUUAUUAUUAUUUAACUAAUCAGAAAUCGUGACCACUUGGAACUUGGAAGCACCUCGGUCACUAGAUAUUACACAUGAUUUAUUAUUUGUGUAUUCAAAUUAUUAUGUGAUAUCAACUUCUGGAAUCAGUUCAAGCCGACAACCAAAAAAAAAGAUGGAAAACGGAGUUAACGGACUAACGGCGGGGGUGGGGUGGGUUUUCCGUUUUGUAACAGGUGGCGGGAUUCUGAUGCUUCACAACGACGUUCAGACUUGCGGGUACGAGGACGUCCAAGUCAUGUGGGAAAUGCUGCGGCGCUCCCAACUUGAGAUCAGCAGCAGCAGCAGCAAUGGCAAUCUCCUGAAGCAGCAUCGACCGUUCUGGCGAAGCUUCGUGUGGUCGUCGUCGUCGAACGCUCUUCGUCGUAAUCGCAGGACUAGCAGCUCCACUUCGCCUCUCGUGGCUGAUAUAGCCUGAGUUCACAUAGUCAGUAAUCAAUCCCUCUCCCUUGCGGUCACUACCCAGGCAGCCGUCAAUGCAACCGCGCAUGGUACAGUGCUGUUUUCACUACCAUCCUUCUGUAAAUACCAUAACUUGGUCUUUUGCUUCGAUGAAAGAUGAAAUCUAUUUAAAAAAAAUAAAUGGAUGUUUGUGUCUCUGACAAUUUGGAAUGAUUUGGUGAAGGAUGUAUUACUCCUUCCUUCAAUCCUUCACAGAAGUAACAAAAAAAAAGGGGUAAAUAAGAAUCAACGCUCAUCAUUUUC